AUCCCAGAUAAAGUACUAGGAGUAUCCUCCGACGCGACGCCGCGAGAAAUCCGCAUCGCAUACAAGAGAGAAUCCCUGAAAUCGCAUCCCGACCGCGUACCCGAGGGCUCUCCAGAACGACCAGCCCGAACACGCAAGUUCCAGGAAAUCAACGAUGCCUACUACGUCCUCUCAGACGAAACCCGUCGCCAAGAAUACGACUCCAGGCGCAGAGAAGAAAAAGAAGAAGGGCCCCGAGCCGAUGGCGGAUUUUCAUGGUCGUCCUUUGGGUUCGGGUCCGCUGAUCGCGAGGAACGGGCAUCCGAGCAGUUCGGGUCGGUGUUCGAGGAGAUGUUAAGAGAGGAAGGGCUCGCUGAUGAGGCGAACACCGCACGACAGACGUCCCGGUUAUGGUCGAUUGUUGGUGGGAUUAGUGGUGGGGCUCUUGGAUUUAUCGUGGCGAAUGCUCCUGGUGCGUUGGCUGGGGCGGUUGCGGGGAAUCGACUGGGCGCUGUUCGAGAUGCAAGAGGGAAAAGUGUCUAUGAUGUUUUCUUGGAGCUUCCGGCUAAUGACCGGGCAAGGUUACUCAGUGAGUUGGCGGCUAAAGUGUUUCAGCAUACAAUGGGGCGCGCCAUGGCUACCGUCGAAGGAUUGUAUCCCGCUCUGGAGAACCGUCCCUUGAAGGACACAAUUUGUCUCUUCGAUGUUGAUAAUACUUUGACACCAGCAAGGAGGUCCGCCUCCCCAGAGAUGCUCCAACUCCUCUCCGCAUUACGCCAGAAGUGUGCCGUUGGAUACGUGGGUGGCUCCGACUUUUCCAAGCAGCAAGAACAACUUGGUUCCGCGUCCGUGAACGUGACUUCGCUCUUUGACUUUUGCUUUGCUGAAAAUGGUUUGACGGCGUACCGUUUGGGGAAGCCCCUUACCGGAAACAGCUUUAUCCAAUGGAUUGGAGAGGAGAAAUACCAGAAGUUGGUGAACUUCUGCCUCAUCCAUAUUGCAAACCUGAAUAUCCCCAAGAAGCGCGGAACCUUCGUUGAGUUCCGUAAUGGAAUGAUCAACGUCAGCCCAAUUGGAAGGAACGCCAGUGUCGAGGAGAGGGAUGAGUUCCAAGAAUACGACAAAGUACAUAAGGUCAGGGAGACCCUUGUGAACGCCCUUAAGAAGGAAUUCCCCGACUACGGUCUCACCUACUCUAUCGGUGGUCAAAUCUCCUUUGAUGUGUUCCCUACCGGCUGGGACAAGACAUAUUGCUUGAGACACGUUGAGGCUGAGAAGGGGAUCUCUGGUGUCGAAUAUAAGAAUAUUUACUUCUUCGGAGACAAGGCUUUCCCCGGAGGCAACGAUUGGGAAAUCUACGACGACUCCAGGACAAUCGGCCAUGCGGUUAAGGACCCCGAGGAUACCAUGCAGAAGCUCAAGGAAAUUUUCCAGCUAUAG